AUGAAAUUUGAGUUUGAUUAUCAAUUAUUGUAAAACAUUUAAGUAAUUUUAAUAUUUAUAUUUUAAGGUCGUAUAAACAUCAGUAUUUCGUUAUGUAUUGAAAGGAAAUAUGACGGAUGCAUGCUCAAAAAAAUCUAUUAAUGAGUGA